AGUUUGACAGGCGGGCGGGGAAUUUGUAAACAGAACAAACAGUAUCACAGGUAGUUUAUAGCGUUGCUCCUGAAGUUGUAAAUCGGGAUUUUCCUGUGUUAACGCCAUUUUUCUUUGUUUAAUUUAUCAGUUGGGAAGUUAGUCAACUGGUGACGACUUUUUAGCUCUUUCUUAAAAGUUUUGAAGACGGGUUACCGCUAGCUACGUUAGCUAACAUGCUAACACAUUGGAGAGACACCAGUGACAGGACUACCUGGAGGACGGGCUGUUUCAUGUGAGAGCGGAUAGGCAUGCUAGUACACCUACUCAGGAGAUCUUUGUUUCGAUCUGGUCUACAGUGGCUAGGGAGCCAACGGAGGUCUUUUUGUACGGCGCAGAGUGUCCCGUGUCCGGACACACCGCAGGAGGCCGGCAUGAACCGAAACCGGGCUCAGAUCAAGCGAGUCCUCUGCGUAGCCGAGAAAAAUGAUGCAGCCAAAGGCAUAUCAGAGAUCAUGUCCAACGGCAGGUCCAGAAGGAGAGAAGGGAUGUCAAAGUUCAAUAAAAUCUAUGAGUAUGAAUAUCAUCUCUUUGGUCAGAAUGUAACAGUAACAAUGACAUCAGUAUCAGGCCAUUUACUGGCUCUGGAGUUUAAAACACCGUAUCAGAAAUGGCACAGCUGCAACCCUGUUCUGUUGUUUGAUGCUGAGGUAGAGAAGUACUGUCCAGAUAACAUGAUACAAAUCAAGCGGACACUAGAGAAAGAGGCAAGGCAGUGCCAGGCCUUAGUCAUUUGGACUGACUGUGACAGAGAGGGAGAAAACAUUGGCUUUGAAAUCAUCGAUGUUUGUAAAGCAGUGAAGCCAAAUUUACAAGUCUUUCGAGCAAAGUUUUCUGAGAUCACCCCAAACUCCAUCCGGAGAGCUUGUGAGACACUAACAGAGCCAGAUUCUAACAUCAGCUAUGCUGUUGAUGUCCGUCAGGAGCUGGACCUGCGGAUAGGUGCGUCCUUCACUCGAUUCCAAACCCUUCGCCUGCAGAAGAUCUUUCCAGAAUCUCUGGCCAAUCAGCUGAUCUCAUACGGAAGCUGCCAGUUUCCCACUCUGGGCUUUGUGGUGGAGCGUUUCAAAGCCAUCCAGUCUUUCAUACCCGAAACCUUCUACAAGAUCAAAGUGCUGCAUGAGGUGGAGGAGGACACUGUGGAGUUUAACUGGAAAAGAAACCGUCUCUUUAACCACACAGCUUGCCUGGUGCUCUACCAGAUCUGCAUGGAGGAUCCCAUAGCAACAAUCACCUCAGUAACCAGCAAGCCCAAGAGCAAGUGGAGACCGCUGCCUUUGGACACUGUGGAGCUGGAGAAAUUGGCAUCUCGCAAGCUGAGGCUAAAUGCCAAAGAGACUAUGAAAAUUGCAGAAAAGCUCUAUACCCAAGGGUUCAUCAGUUACCCUCGUACAGAAACAAACAUUUUUCCCCAAAACCUGGCCCUUAGUCCCCUGGUGGAGCAGCAGACACAAAGCCCAGUCUGGGGGACUUUUGCCCAGCGGGUGCUUGAGCAGCCUGGUGGUCCCAACCCACGGCAGGGCAAGAAAUCAGACCAAGCCCACCCCCCCAUACACCCCACCAAGUACAGUGGUACACUGCAGGGUAAUGAAGGACGUUUGUAUGAGUUCAUUGUCCGGCACUUCCUAGCUUGUGUGUCCCAGGAUGCUUUAGGGCAGGAGACUGUGGUGGACAUAGACAUCGCCCAGGAGAAGUUCUCCACCUCGGGACUUAUGAUCAUUGCAAGGAACUACCUGGACGUUUACCCGUAUGACAAGUGGACCACCAAGCUGAUUCCAGUGUACGAGCAAGGCUCCCAGUUUCAGCCCUCCGCUAUCGAGAUGGUGGACGGACAGACGAGUCCUCCGCAGCUGCUCACUGAAGCUGACCUCAUAGCACUGAUGGAGAAGCAUGGCAUUGGCACAGAUGCGACCCAUGCAGAGCACAUAGAGACUAUAAAGAGUCGCAUGUAUGUUGGCUUGACAUCUGACCAGAGAUUUCUCCCUGGAGAGCUUGGCAUGGGACUGGUGGAGGGUUACAACUCCAUGGGCUAUGAGAUGUCCAAACCAAACCUGCGUGCUGAAUUGGAGGCGGACCUCAAGCUGGUAUCAGAGGGCAGGAAGGACAAACAAAGCGUGCUGCAGCAUCACAUCCAGAAAUAUAAGACUGUCUUCAUUGAGUCUGCCAGGAAGGCAAAGAAGUUGGAUGAAGCCCUGUCUCCAUAUCUGGGUGCAGCUCUGCAGAUCCCUGAAGCAGAGCAGGAGAACAUAGAGAUACCGCUGCCGGUCAGGAAGUGUCCUCACUGUGGGCGGGACAUGGUGCUGAAGAAGAAGAGGGAGGGAAACGGUAAGUACCUGUCCUGCGUAGGCUUCCCAGCUUGUAAGACAGCAGUGUGGUUCCCUGACACGGUGCUGGAGGUCAGCAGAGAUGACAGUGUUUGUCCCACCUGUCAGCCAUACCCUGUUCACAUGUUAAAGUUCAGGUUCCGUAGGGGCAGCCUCCCUCCUAUGAUGCCUUUGGAGUUUGUUGGCUGCAUCGGUGGAUGUGAUGAGACACUCAGAGAGGUUCUGGACCUGAAAUACCUCCGACCAGAAGCAGUGGAAGGAGGUGGGGGAGGAGGAGGGGGAGGAAGAGGAGAUGACCCUUGGCCCCCCAGACCAAAGCCACCCAGAGCCCCGAGUUCAAAUCCCCGACCUUCUCUUCCUCCUGUCCCCUCCUGGACUCCGCAGCCACGACCUUUACCUGGUGGCAGUGUUGACACCGGCAGUGAUGUCAUCGUGUGUAACUGUGGUCAGGAUGCGCUCCUCCUGACUGUGCGCAAAGACGGCCCCAACCAAGGUCGCCAUUUCUACAAGUGUAACACCGGGAGCUGCAACUUCUUUCUGUGGGCGGAUCAGCCAAGUCAGCAGGGCGCGUUGCAGAGUCAAGGGCCUCCACUGCAAGUAUCGCAGACCUCCCAGCAUUCGAGGCCCUCUUUGGGGUUCAGGAAUACCCAUGAAAAUGUGGGACAGACGAUGUGUAACUGUAACGAGGCUGCAGUGACGCGCACGGUGCAGAAGGACGGUCCAAACAAGGGCCGAAUGUUCAACACCUGUGGGAAACCAAGAGACCAGCAGUGUGGGUUCUUCCAGUGGGCUGAUGAGAACGCACCUCCACCAGGUGAUUUUGGUGCUGGAGACAGAGGGAAGAAGGGAAGGAGGAUAAUGGGAGAUGCCACCGCGAACAAACCCCCAGCUGCUAAGAAACCUCGUACCUGCGGCAUCUGCCACAUGCCAGGACACACCCGAGCCACCUGCCCCCAGCGGUGACAGCCCAUUGAAGACACUGUUUGGAGUUAUCGAAGUCUGUGACUUCAAAGUGUGGAGUCAGAUUUGAUUUUUCAAAUAUGCAACAAUUUAGCACCUCCUCACAGAGGGUGGAUCUUCUCCGUGGUGUAUCAGAAUGUAAUCAAGACCUAUUACAGUUCAAGAUGGCAAACACAGCUCUUGGCACAAGUCAUGUAAUAACUACGAUUUAAAACAACAUCUGAAAUUUGCAGCAUAUUGGGGAGUCUGUUAUUAAAAAGAGAGAGAGAAAGAAAACAGAAGAAAAGAAAAAGACAUUUUGUGUCUUGAAACCUUUCUUUCUGUUUUCAUCCAGCUUUGAUUUUUCAAGUCUCCUCUGAUCUGCAAUGUGUUUGUUCAAGAAGUGUGACUCUUCUCUGGCCCCUGGGAGGAAAGUUAAGGGUUAACAUUUAGUUUCCAUCCCAGAAUCCUUACAGGAAUUCAACAUUUUAAGAAAUAUGCUUAUUCUCUCCCUGCCAAGUGAAGAUUGAUAGCACUUUCAUGUCUGUACAGUAAAUAUAAAGCAAUGCCAGCUUAGUUUACAUAAAUACGGGAAGUGGGAGAAACAGCUAAGUUUAAAAACAUAUUUCCCAGGAUGUUGAACUUUUCCAUUAAAGCUUGGUGGAGCAUUCCUAAACAGACACAUGCUAUACGCUUUAAAGUUUCUGAACUGCCAGUGGGAAAAACUCAGUGUGAGAGGAGGAACGAGAGAAUCGCUUGAGAAAAAAAUCUGCAAAACGUGAAUGUGCUCAAUGGUUAACCAAAAUUUUGCUCAGCUGGUCUUGGAUCAAAUGUAUCCCCCGUCUGUCGUGUUCCUCUGCUUCCACCUGUAUCCUGACAGCUUGUCUGAGAUCAGCUGGAGGAGGGUGAUUCAGACACAGAAGCUGUUUUUAAUUAAUAACUGUAUUUUAAAGCGAACCCACUUGCACACAAUUUAUUUGUAAGCAACAGUGUAAUUAUUAAGAAUAAUAAAUAAAAUAAGUGCAAACUA